GUACAAUCCAUCAACAGGCACUUGGACAACCACAGGAAGCAUGAAUACCGCACGAUAUAUUCACACAGCAUCCCUAUUAGCAAAUGGAAAAGUGUUAGUUGCUGGUGGAGGCAACAGUAGUAGUAGUUAUCUCAAUACUGCUGAAUUGUACGACCCAUCAACAGGUACUUGGACAACAACAGGAAGCAUGAAUGCCGCACGAAAUUAUCACACAGCAUCCACAUUAGCUAACGGAUCAGUAUUAGUUGCUGGUGGACAGGGUAGCGGUGGUGUUUAUCUCAAUAGUGUUGAAUUGUACAAUCCAUCAACAGGCAGUUGGACAACUACAGCAAACAUGAAUCUUGCACGAGUAAAUCACGCAGCAUCGACAUUAGUAAAUGGAAAAGUGUUAGUUACUGGUGGAUACAACGGUGUUAAAAUCAAUACUCCUGAGUUUUAUUAA